AUGCCACCAGGUCAAUCCGACCGCCGAAAAGGCUCCAAAGCAAAAUCCCAAUCCCAAUCACAACGAACCCGCCAGUCGAAACAACCCACCCGCUUAAAACCCAGCAAUGACAAGCCCAAGUCCCAAUCAACCAACCCCUCACUCGACUUCAACACCGCAAUCCCAAUCUCCUUACAACAACUCGUCCUAGACGUUUUUAAAACCGCCCUUCUCACAUCCAACCCCGCAUCCGCAAGCGCACGCGCAUCCCAAGAUAUCUCUGAAGAUACCCCGCAAGACGAAGAACUCGAUACAAAAACCCUCAUCCAAACGAUAAAAACACACCUCUACCAGCGCGACUUUGAUUCUGCAUUCACGGACGCGGGCGAGGACUUGUUGCGCGCUUAUGCGUUGCGGUGGAGCGCGGCGCGCGCGUUGGGGUAUGCGGGGCUUUUUAGGACUGUGCUGAAGUGGAUGGAGAAUGAGAAUGGGAAUGGGAGAGAAAAAGAACUUGAUACUAUAUCUGGGACUGCUCGGACCAGAGUCGUUUGCAUUGGUGGUGGUGCUGGGGCCGAAAUUGUUGCGCUUGCUGCUGCGUGGCGGAGUCUUCGGCAGGAGGAGGGGCAGGGAUUGGAAUUGGGGUCGCUUUCUUUGGAAGACACGGAGAGCAAGGGGGAGACUGAGGUUGAUGCUGAGGAUACAAUUGAGGCUGUCUCUUCUUCUCCGGCCAGGGGACUUUCGGUUGCGGCGGUUGACAUUGCGGAUUGGUCGGGUGUUGUUCGACGAUUGGAGAGGACGAUUGCGUCUGAUGCCGUGUACGCCCUGCGAAGCUCCGAGUAUCAGCCGCCGCUUGUUCCGUCGAAAGGGGAGGGGGAUGGUGAUGGGGGAUUCUCCGUUUCCUUUCGAAAGGAUGACGUUCUGGGUGUUCCGGAGGAUCAAUUAAAAGAUGUGCUUUUGGACACGGGCUCAUCUUCUAUCCUCGUCACGCUUAUGUUUACGCUGAAUGAGCUGUUUUCUACGUCUAUGGCUAAGACGACGGGGUUUUUACUUCGCAUGACGGAAAUCCUUCCUUCGAAUGCGGUGCUUUUCGUGGUUGAUAGUCCGGGUAGUUACUCGACUCUGAAGAUGGGGAAGGAUAAGGAUGGGGCUCCGGUGGAGAGAAAUUACCCCAUGAAGUUCCUUCUUGAUCAUACACUGCUCUCGGUGGCGGAGGGGAAGUGGGAGAGGAUAUAUACUGAGGAUUCGCGGUGGUGGAGACGUGAUGCUGAGCAAUUGCGGUAUAAGGUCGGGGAGGGUGCGGGUUUGGAAGAUAUGCGAUUCCAGGUACAUUUAUACCGCCGGCUCUGA